AACAAAGCGGCGAAUACCGUGCAUUUGUCUAUUUAGAGUGACUGCCACGUUAGCGAAGGCUUCUUACAGGUAAAUGGCUUAUUUUUGUAACGUAAAGGUUGAAACGGAGUGGAUCCGUUAUCGCUUUUUUGCUUAUCUUUUGAGAAGUUUUCUUCAACAAAAUCUACUGUGCCACUGUUGACGUCGAGUCGUCCGCUGAAACUCGUACAGGUUUCUGCAGCCGAAGUGGAAAACGUCGCACGCACGCAGAAAGUCCUCUUUACUUCCUGUGCAGCUGGAAAGAUUUUGUUGUGUGUUGUUUGGCCGGAUCUUUUCGGUUGUUGCUUAAACACUCAUACCAAGACUCUGGUUGCCGUUGAAAUUUAGUUGUUGCCAAACUCGCCAGCAUGGGAAGCCUUGUAAAGACGGAUAAUCGCGCUGUGGGAGAUGGCAGGCAAAAAGUCGCUUUGAUAACGGGAAUCACUGGACAGGAUGGAUCGUAUCUUGCUGAACUCCUGAUCUCAAAAGGAUAUGCAGUGCAUGGGAUUAUUCGCCGGAGUAGUUCGUUUAACACUGGACGCAUUGCACAUCUGUAUGAUGAUCCAACUACCCAUCGCCAAGGCUCAAUGGUACUGCAUUAUGGCGAUUUAACCGACAGUACUUGCCUGGUUAAAAUUAUUAACGAAGUGCGACCGGAUGAAGUGUACAAUCUCGGUGCUCAAAGCCACGUGAAAGUAUCGUUUGACCUGGGAGAAUACACCGCAAAUGUCGACGGCGUAGGCACACUACGCUUGUUGGAUGCUAUUCGGACGUGUGGUUUAGGUGAUACUGUCAAAUUCUACCAGGCUUCGACAAGUGAAUUGUACGGAAAAGUACAAGAAAUACCGCAAAAGGAAACAACGGCGUUUUACCCGCGAUCUCCUUAUGGUGUAGCCAAAUUGUACGCUUUUUGGAUUGUGGUUAAUUUUCGCGAGGCAUACAACAUGUAUGCCUGCAACGGGAUUUUGUUUAACCAUGAAAGUCCGCGUAGAGGUGAGACAUUUGUUACACGCAAGAUUACUCGCGAAGUAGCAAAAAUUCAUCUUGGAUACGAACAGUUUUUUGAACUGGGUAAUUUGGAUUCCAAGCGAGACUGGGGCCAUGCACGGGACUAUGUGGAGGCGAUGUGGCUCAUGUUGCAGCAAGAUCAACCUGAAGAUUUCGUCAUAUCAACGGGCGAAGUCCAUUCGGUUAAAGAGUUUGUUGAAGCUGCUUUCGGCGUGAUUGGAAAAACUAUUCGAUGGGAAGGGGAAAACGAGAACGAAGUCGGGAUUGAGGUGGAAAGCAACAAAGUGCGCGUUAAAGUCAACCCCAAAUACUACCGGCCGACCGAGGUGGACUUCCUACAGGGAGACUGCAGCAAGGCUAAAACACAGUUAAAAUGGACACCGUCUACAACAUUUGAUGCGCUGGUGAAAGAGAUGGUGGAGUCAGAUAUCAAGCUAAUGCAGAAAGACCCUACUGCAUAGACGGUGGUUGUAAUGGUGGUAAUUCCAGAGUUGCAUAAUAAGUGGUAGUUUUCAUUGUUUUCAUUCCUGUCACAAAUGAUUGAUUGUUUUCUACAGUAUGCUGUUUUGUACGUUUGCUGUUGAAUAUUCAGAUCGUUGUUUUGUUUUUGUUUAGAACUAAAUAUUUUAUGUCAUAAGUGAUUAAUAGCUGCUGAAGGGCGGUUUGGGUGUUUGCCUUUUUUCAUAGAUAAACUGUGCGUCGGAAUGACCUGUGCGGUAUGUUUCAGCGCACAGGUCUUCAGUUGCGAAGAAGUUGGGGAAAAACUAGCGAAUACCAUGUAUGAAACUAUGAAUGAUAAACAUCGUUACUAGUGUA